AUGUCCAACCCCCCACCGAGCUGGCAUAUCUAUGGGAAGGAGAUGAUGAAGCUCGGCCUCGGCGUCCCUCUCUGGGAUCCCGAGCCUGACAAAGGAAAGCCGAUCACCUACGGCUCCGUUCUUUGGGAAGGGGAAGCCACCAUGGGCCGCUAUAUGCAGCUCUUCAACGCAGCUCUGGACGAUGAAGACGGCAACGACGUACCAACUGAUCACGAGAAACUUGACGUGUCGAUGAUCUUUGGACCUCGCCCCACCAUACACAAUCACUUGUUAUACAGCAAAUCGAUCCAUGAUCAAGAGCACAAAGCGGUCGUGGGCGCUGGAAGUGGUGCUGUGUUCCCUGCUGAGGCAGGCGCUGGAUACAAGUUCGUAUGCAAGUCCGACACCGGCGCGGUGCUCCUCCUCCAGCCGCCCGCAAUCACAACGCACGUUCAAUCCAAGCGACGAAUGGUCACCUACAUGCGCAAGCACUUCGAUCGAUGGCUGGAGCUCGCGAACGCGAAGCACGACAUGGACCUGAAGGAAACAGACCUCUUCUUCGUAUCCGGCACGACCGCAACGACGAAAUGGGCCGUUGCUGCGUUCCAGAACAGCUCUUAUCGCGAGAAGGAAGGCCAUGUCUUUUGCAACAUCGACGCCUUUGUGCGAUCCGAGAUCGCCAUCCGUUUCAUCGACGAGUCGCUCCGCAACCCCGACUUCAACUUCGGUCCGCAGAACUCUGACUCCUCAGGCAUGACCGUGUUGAGGCCGGGUGGAGACCCGGUUCCAGAUCAAGUGGUGUUCAUGCACUACUACAAGAUGCGACGGCGACUGUUCUGGAUGCGAAGGAUCGAGGCGGCGGCCGGUUUUCAUGAGAUCGUCGAAGGAGAAGACGACGACGACGAGAUGAGGCCCAGCUCGCCGAGACAGUCGAUUAACUACGAUCCCGUGGAGCCUCUGCUCGACUACAUCCUGGAGAACUCGGUGGCGGAUGUCGCCAUUGCAUGCGACAGAGAUCUCAUCGUAAUAUUCCAGAGUACAGGCAUACCGGACGACAUUGCUGCCGCCUUGCUGCAAGCCAAGCCUCCCAUCGAUGUGGAUGAGAAUGGGCUCGGGACAUUUUCUGUUGACAUCCGGUUCCCAGAAGACCAAGCGACGUCGCCAGAGACCGUACCUACAGUCGCCGAGCCACCCCGUGUUGAUACGCUGCCUGCCCUGCAGACAAAUUUCAACGAGCCACCAGCACGUGAUGAUAGCGGAGAUCCAUUCCCUUCCGAAAGGCCCGAGGAUAAACUCCCCGCAUUUGACCGCGACCCGGUCGCAACUGGCCACAACGGCACCAUCACCGCGCUCGCGACCUCGCCCGACAACCUCUGGAUCGCAAGUGGCUCCGACGACGCGUCGAUCAUCCUCUGGUCCGUCGCGGAUCGCAUGGCCGUGCUUAGCUGGGAGGCGCACGCCGACACGAUCGCCGAACUCGCGUUCUCCCCCGACGGGCGCACGCUCGCGUCCGCCGGCGCCGACGGCCAAGUCGUCCUCUGGGACGUCGCGACGGGCGCGCAGCGCGGCGCCCUCGCGAGCGGGGCCGAGCACGUCCACGCCGUCGCCUGGUCGCCCGACGGCAAGCGCCUCGCGACCGCGGCGGACGACGGGACGGUGCGCCUGUGGGACGCCGCCUCGCUCGCGCAGACCGCAGAGCUGCCGCUGCACGGCGCGAUGGUCGCCUUCGUCUUCUUCUCCCCCGACGGGCGCUGGCUCGCGUCCGGCGGCGCGGACAACGGCUGCCACCUCUGGGAGGUCACCGCGUCGGGGGCGCAGCUGCGCCACCGGCUGUCCGGGCACGAAGGCAUGGUCUGGACGGCCGCGUUCGACCCCGCGAGCACACGGAUCGCGACGGCGAGCGACGACGGGACGGUGGUGGUGUGGUCCGUCGCGCCCGGGCAGGAGCUCGUGCGGAUGCAUGGGCACCAGGGCCCGGUGUGGUCCGUCGCGUUCUCCGCGGACGGCGCGCAGCUGUUGAGCGCGUCGAGCGACGGGACGGCGAGGGUGUGCAACUCGUUCAGCGGCGUGUGCGUGCGCUCGCUCGAGGGCCACGCGAGCAUGGUGAACGCGGCGGCGUUCGCGCCCGACGGGCUGCACGUCGCCUCAGCGAGCUCGGACAACACGGUGAAGCUAUGGCGGCUGGACAACGGGCAGAACGUGCGGACGCUGAACGAGCACAACGACAAGGUGACGAGUGUUGUGUUCACGCCCGACGGCCAGGUGCUUGCGUCGGGCUCGGACGAUGGGACGGUGCAUGUUCGUUUGUUCAGAGAUUACCUUUGA